AUGGCCAAGGGUUCGGGGCGGUUCCGCAACCGCAAACUCGGCUUCAAGACUCGAAUCAACGUUGCCGUCGGCGUCGUCAUCGAGGAUGACCCCAUCGACGCCGACUUGGACAUCGAGGACGACAAGGGCCACAAGGGCGUCGAGACGGGCGUCGACAAGGACGAGGAGGGCGAGUUUCACCUCCAAGCCGUCAUCGCUUCGUCCGCCGCUGCAGUUGCCCAGUCGUCCGCGUCUGGCUCGCGCGCCGACAAGGGCAAGAAGUCUGAAGCCUACAUUCCGACGCGAGCGAGCGAGACGAUUCCCGAAGACGAGUACCGCGCGCUGUACAAGCCUGGAUGGGUCGACCCGUUCUCGUACAUUCGCUUCUCCGACACGGUCGAGGACGCCAUCAAGGGCGCUGUCAACUACACGAUGGACGAGGACGACGAGGACUGGCUCGAGGACUACAACGCGCAAGUCCAGGCCGGCUCGAAACCCAAGGCUUCGUCGUCCGAAGCCGACCCGAGUGCAAGUCCGUCCGGCCGCGGCGCUCGCCACAAGGGCAAAGGAGUCGACAAGUCUCCUUCCGCGCCCGCUGCGUCGACCUCUGCCGGCGGCGAUUCCUCCUCCAGCCCGACCGCGCCUCUGAGCGAAGACGACUUUGAGCUCAUCAUGGAAGUCUUCGAGACGGUGACGGACCAGAAGGCGCCCAUGGCGCACGUCAACAUCAACCUUCUCCCCUCGCUUGACGACUUUGACGCCGCUUUCGACGACCCGCUACGACCUAGUCUCGCGAAACUCAAGUCUCAUGCGAAGGACGUCUACUCGCAUUGGAAGCAGCGACGAGUGGAGCGAGGUGGCAAGGCUGUCUUCCCGCAACUUGACUACGACGAGUCGAACGAGGCCAAUCCCUACGUUUGCUUCCGUCGCCGCGACGUCAAGACCGCCCGCAAAACUCGCCGCUCAGACCAACAAAACCUCGAGCGCCUCGUCCGGCUACGGAACGAUCUGUACGCCGCGCACGCGCUGAUGGUCAAGGUCCAGGAGCGGGAGCGACUCAAGCUGGAUGCGAUCGAGCUUGAAAGGAAGAUCUUUGAUGGACGGUGCGAGAUGAGGGAUUUGAAGAGGAGGUUGAACGAGCCGGAUGGAGACGAGGAUCUGCUCAUCAGUCGGAAGGAGCGCAAGCGGAAGAGGGACGACCAGAUGGCUGGUUCGCUACGGAUUCCGCUCGGCCGCAAGGCGGAGAACGCCCUCUCGCCCAGCAACCUCGUCCCGUCGCUCGAGGAGCUCCAAGCGCGCAAGCAGCGCAACGAGGCGAUCCUCAAGCAGAUCGAGCGCGACCUCGCUCGCAAGCGCCAGGGCGACCAGUUCUGGGACGACUGGACCGACAGCGCCUACGUCGCACGACCGCCUCCUACGCCCGCGCGGUUCUGGCGGACGGUCGAGCCCGUGCCGAAUUCGGUGCCUUUCAGCGGAUCGGCGGGGCGGAGAGAGGCGCUUGGGUUCGCGACGCAGUAUCAGCCGCCGCUGGGACGGGUGCGGACGAGCUUCCGCAAACGGGUUGGACGUGGAGGGCGGAUCCUGCUUGACCGGAUUGGGCCUGCACGGCGGGACGGCGAGCCUCCGUCGGCGAAGCGGCGACUACCACCGGCGAGCGACGGCGAGGAGGGCAGCGACGGCGCGGAGGAGGACGAGUGGCUCGAGCGGCGGCGGCGGGAACGCCUCAAGUACGACACGGACGUCGGCCUCGACUUUCCGACAGCCGACGAGCCGACCCUGCUCGACGACUUCGAGGUGCAGUACCUGAUGCGGCGCGUCGCGCUCAUCAAGCCGCAAGACCUCGAGCAGCUCUCGGUCGACUCGGCGUACCUCGAGGAGGCGUUCAAGUUUGUCGCGCAGGAUCCCGACAAGCAUGCGCCCCCGCCUGUCACCUACGGUCGACCACCGCCACGCCCGCCUCUGCAGAUGGCGCCGGCGCAAGCGGCUGGUGCGGCGCUCGGUCAGGCUGCUGGAGCUGUCGGCGCCCAGCUCGGCAAACCCAACAACGCCGCCGCAUACGCUCAAGCUCAGCAGCAGCUCGCAGCGCAGCAGGCCUUCCGUCUCGCUCAGCAGCAAGCGGCGCUCCGCAAGUCGCAGCAGAUGGCGGCAGCAGCGGCAGCGGCAGGUGGAGGAGGCGGCACGCCCGACCAGAUGCGGCGGACGCCUUCGCAGGCUGGCUCGCCUCACAACUCGCACUCGCCGCUCGCGAACGGGAUGGCGCUUCCAGGCGGACCGGGCCAGCUCACCAUGAACGGCGUCCCGGCCGGCUUCCAGAACCACCAGCUCGCCUCCCCCAUCGGUGCCAACGGCCUGCCUCUCCCUCGCGUUGGCCCGAACGGUCUCGCGAUGAACGGCGCCAACGGCUUGCCCGCCACGUCUCGACUUUCCGCCCCGCCCUACUCGAACCCGCAGGCGCUCCAGCUCGCGAUCCAAGCCCAGCAACAGCAAGCUGCGGCUGCCGCAGCCGCUGCUGCCGCCGGAGGGUCCCCGUUGGCGCUCCAGCAACUCCAGCAAGGUCGGCCGAUGUCGGCGAACGGUCUCGCGCAGGGUAACCCGUCUCGCCCAACCUCUGCCGCCUCGUCUCACGCCGCCAUCUCGCCCCACAUGGGCGGGGCGACAUCGCUCCCGCCCGUCGGACCCGGCGGCGCGCUCUCGCCGUCUGGCUUGCGCGCAAACGGCGGUCUCGCGACGCCCCCGCCUGGUAUGGCCGCGAAGCGGUCGAGCCCGAUGGGUCCUGGCGCGGUCAAUGGGCAGUACGGCAUGCACGUUGGCGCUCAGGGGAUGAAGCCUGGUGCGCAGGCGCAGUACGGCGGCUUCGUCCAGGGCUGA